GGUCCAUGCAAACCCCCGAACUGCAUUAUGCCAGGUCACCCCCCAAUUAGCAUAGGUCCAGGCAAACCCCCGAAACAAAUUAUGCCAGUUAACCCCCCAAAUAGCAACGGUCCAUGCAAACCCCCGAACCGCAUUAUGCCAGGUCACCCCCCAAUUAGCAUAGGUCCAGGCAAACCCCCCGAACCAUAUUGUGCCAGAUAA